AUGAAUGCCCAUGAAUGCCCUCCACUUGAUACAAGUUCAGACAUCACAGAACGAAGGAAGAUCCGUGCGGCUCUACGUGAGCUUCGAACAAAUAAUAAUAACUCAGUGGUCAAUCCUCACAUCCGUACUCCUAUCUCACCUUCCAAACUCUCACAUCAUCAAUCGUUCAGAACAGAACGUAGGAGACGCCCUGAGAUUGAUGAUGUGACGAAGAAGCAAAGUCAGGAUGAUGACAUCUUGUAUCGAUCUAGGAGGAGGAGAGAGAUGGAUGCUGGAAGAGGGCAAGGAGGUGGAGGAGGGGAUGAAGGAGAUGAUGAAAAUGAAGUGGUGGUUGAUAUUGAGAUGAAGAUAAAGGAAAUCGGUAGUGAUGAACAAAAAUUAACAAAACUGCUCUCGGAGACGAGGGACUUCAAUGAUCGCAGAAAAGUGAGGUCGGCGAUCAGGGAGGUCAAAAGGAAGACAAGACAGCAAGGCUGA